AUGGUCACCGCCGCGCUCCCGCAGGCGGAAGGCCAGUGGACGCGAGACAAUGGUGGCAGAAUGGAAGCAGAGAUCCCGCCUGAGAGCGCAGGCGGCGAAGCCAGCAACCAGCCUGCCCUCUCCAGCGGCAAGUCGCGGCGUGCGGCGCCCGCGCGCCUCGCGAGGUACUACCUCAACGGCCAAGCUGGCGGCGACGUUGGGCGCCAGGCAGUGGUUCAGGAAGGCGCCCCUGAGGCGGCACUUUUGGGCGCAUGUAGGGAGCAUCUGGACCUGCUGGUGCAGGUGUUGCACGCCGGCGCAGCGUCCGAGGCGUCGCUGGGCGCGAGCGGGGCGGCAGGCGAGGCGUUGGCGAGGGGCAGCGCCGAGCUUGCGCAGGCUUUGCGGGGCAGCUCGCCUCUUGCCGGGCCGAGCCGGCAGCUCCAGCGGAGGGGAAGCCCCAGCCCGUCGGCCAGGCCCAACGUGCGAUUCCAUCUGGCACGCGACAUCUUCGGGGAGCCAGGCGGCGACGCAGCCACCUCCAGCGUCGCCCGCGAUUCGGCGUUGGGCGCGCAGGGGGAUCCCGCUGCCCAAGCAGGGGCUGGGACCCUGGAGAUGUCGAGGGAGGGUGCCUUGUCUUCAGGCGACAAGCCAGGCGAUGGCGUCAUAGAUUCACGCGAGGCGAGCUCGGAAUCGGGCAAGAAUGCAACCAUCGCCAACGUUACCCGCACCCUGUCCCAGCUUGUGCACCGGGAGCCCAACAGGCUCGAGAGGCUGACGGGUGGGAGUGUCGGGGGGGAGAGUUCCGUGGACAUCAGCCUAACCAAGUUUGAGCGGGCGUGCACAGCAACCCUCGCAGACAUCGCCCCCACUCGGGACCCGCAUCUGUCGUGGACCUUGGGUGGCACCACCACGCCGCGCCAGUUCUGCCAGCGGGUUGUCGUGAGCAGCCACUUUGAGUGGCUCGUAGCGGCCGUCAUCCUCGCCAACUCUGUGCUCAUCGGGAUGCAGGCAGACUGGGGGGUCCACAACCCUGGGGAGGAGUUACCGCUGAUGUACCGCGCGCUCGACAAUUCCUUGGUUGCGUUUUUCACGUUGGAGCUGAUUUUGCGCAUCGUGGCCGAGGGGCGCUCUUUUGUCAGCCGGAAGAAUGCGCAAUUCGGGUGGAACAUCUUCGAUUCGGCACUCGUGGUGUUCUCCUAUUUGGAGUUGCUGACCUCCUUCUUGGGCGUCUCUUUCAUCAAGACGAACGUUACCCGUCUCCUCCGAUUGAGCAGGCUCGUGCGUGCAAUGCGCUUGAUCAGGAUCAUCAGGUUCUUCUCGGAGCUGAGGGUCAUGGUCCUGGCCAUUGGCAGCUCCCUGAGGCUCCUCUUGUGGGCGAGUUGCCUGCUCAUGAUGCUCAUGUACCUCUUCGCCGUCAUGUUUGUGCAGAUAGUGGAGAAUGAGUUAGCCAGCGCGGGUGAUCCAGUGCACAACGAGGAUGAGCUUCGCGCCCAUUGGGGCUCGCUAUCACGCGCACUUUAUACAUUGUAUAUGAGCAUCACAAAUGGGAUGUCAUGGGACGCAGCUGCAGAGCCUUUAUUGAUGAUCUCUCCCGCCCUGGCACUGGCUUUCUGCGCCUACAUUGCCAUCGCCUUAUUCGGUGUUUUGAACACCAUUACCGGUAUCUUCUGCGAGAAGGCGAUGCAGAUCGCUUCUGCCGAUGAGGAUUGCAUGAUGUGGAAUGAGUUGGACAGGAGAAAGAGGUGGGUGCGCGAUGUGAGACGCCUCUUCCGUAGUGCUGAAGGCGGUCACACGGGCAGGUUGGACUGGGACAGUUUCUGUAAUUUGUUGGGGGACCUCCAAAUGCAGAACGUAUUGAAGUCUCUCGGAGUCGAUGUGACGGCUAUUGAGCCGCGGAUGCUUUUCGAUCUUUUCGACACGGACGGAGGUGGCACAGUCGAGAUCAACGAGUUCGCCUCUGGAUUGAUGAAGCUGCACGGUUCGGCCAAGGCGGUCGACCUGGCAAGGAUUAAAUACAAGAUGGUGGGCAUGAAUACAAGAAUCAAGGAGAUAAAACAGAUGCUGGAGUCGCAAGGUUUCGCGGCUUCCAGCCCGACACAAUAA